AUGAAAUUGUCGUGCAUAUACGUUUUAAAUCUGUUGCUAAACGUUUGCCUGGCGACUUCCAUUAAUGGUAAAUUCGAGUUUUCACUGGGUAAUUUAACUAAAAACGCAAUCAGAAGAACUUCCUUCAAUUUAUAUCAAAUUGGUAAUUAUAGUACACAAGAUCCAUAUAAAACUACUACGCAUUUACUUGAUUUGGAUGGUAAUUUCAAAUUUGAUGAUUUGCCAAUUAAUACGGGUAUUAAUGAAACUACAUAUUUCGUAUUAUCUUCCAGUUCUUUAGAUUAUAAUUUAUUUCCAAAUAGAAUCUUGAUAGAAUUUGUUCAAUUAGAAAAUGGCACUUUACAAAUGAAUGGAUUUAAAAACUAUUUUGGUAGAGAAUAUUUCCCAUCAAAGGAUAUCACCCAUCCUGAUAAGUUAGAUCAAAUCGCAGUUGAACCUUAUUUGACCAUCUCUGUGAUACAGAAGGCCCCAUUUAGAGCUUAUUUCCAAAUUAGAAACUCCGGUAUUAUGAAUGAUAGCGGAAUUGUGGGAAGUAUAUUGAACUCCCGUUGGAAACUUGCGGGUGUCAUUACAGUCAUAUGUGUGUUUGCUUUCCCAAUGUUCUUGGAUAAGAUCGACCCAGAUACCGCUAUAAUAAUGAGAGAAGAAGCACUUAAGAAGAAGAAAGAACAGUAUGCAAAUUGA